CAAUGGGGGACGGGGGGACGGGGAAGCAGUCCUCGGCAGCUUCAGACAAUGAGGCAGUGAGCUUGACUGUGUGUCAUUUACAAUUGCAUACAUGAGCAUGCGUACAUGCAGGGCAAGCAGCACUUCAUUUCUGUCCAUGCUAUUGACUGCUCUGACACUUUGACGUGCUUGGACUGCAUUCCAUUGGAGAAGCACUUUGUCCCUUCCUCUGCCCCAUACAGCAGAGAGCAGCAUCAGAUGAGCGGAAUGCUACUGUUCUGUCCUGGGUAACAACAGAUCACAGAGCAGUAGUCUGAAUGAAGCAUGUAUGUGGAUCGAGCAUAAACAGAAUCUCAAAACAGACAUAUGCAGACUCCAGAUACCACUUAUGAAAAAAAUGGGAAGAUGCAAGAGACUGAAUGGAGAAGAUAAAUAAGGGGUAUAGCAACUUUACAAAGCACUUCUUAACAAGCAAUCUGAGAGAGGGGAAAAAUCAGUUACUCGAGCAAUCAUGCCUCAUUUCUUGGAUUGGUUUGUGCCAAUGUAUCUGAUGAUCUCCAUUCUUAUCUUGGUGGGCUUUGGAGCUUGCAUAUACUACUUUGAGCCAGGACUUCAGGAAGCUCACAAGUGGCGGACACAAAGGCCGAUCAUGGAACGAGACCUUCGGAAAACACUGAUGAUACGAGACAACCUUGCAUUUGGGGUGCCUGAAGUCUAGUAUUCUUCUUGCAUAGAUGUGUUGGAAGUAUCUAGAAGAAAGCCAUCCCCACCUGAAGUUACAAAUUACUGUGCACACUCUGGUUUGCUUAGCACUUCUGCAAGUGAUGUGGUUAAACCACUCCUUGCUUGGGUCUCUGAUAAUGAAGUGUUCCUUUUUGCUAUUUAGACAAGGCCUGUAGACUCAUAUCAACUUAGACCUUCUGGUUUAUGAAUUUGUUCAUCACUCCAUCAUUUGAUAUUUUUUAUCCUCCGUAUAUAAAGAGCUCUUGUUACCUUGCUAGGAGUGGUCACACCUGUACGUGAGCUUUAGACCUCUUAAGUAUAAGAAAGCAAUAUUUCUGCAUGACCUGUGUAUUUUGGUCGAGUGCCUCCUGGACAAGUGCCCAUCUCACAAACCUCACAACAGACACCAUUUCAUUACUUUAUUUAGAGUCUCUUGGGUGAGGCACAAACCCAAAUUGAUUGCUCAGACUGAAUUCUAUUUUCAUUCCCAACACUGAGCUCAGAUAUGCAGUAGGACACAUUACUAGCCAAGUUGUAUAUAUUUUGAUUUCAGAUCAUUUCACUGCACACAAGCGCCUGUCUGGCUCUGAACUCACUCACUCAGAUUUCACUUUUAAAAGUCUGUGCAGAUUAAUUACCGUUAAAGAAUUGCUUUUAUUUCUCCAUGAUUGGGAAAUUUGUUUCUAGAUGUUGGAUCGUCUGCACUUCUCUAUACUUAGAGGAUCCAGAAUGCUGUCAUGCGAAAAGCUUGUAUUUCACAAUCCUCUGCUGCUGCAAUCUUUUAAAGUGGUCUGAUCAGGAGUCCCCUGUUUAGCACUGUACUUUCUAGAUUGUCAGCCAGACUGAAAACUGUGAAACGCCAUCACACAACCUACCUUUCUGCAUCCACACCAAAAGCCACAGAGCUAGAGGCAGUCACACUGCAGUUCUAAUUUCUAUACGUUGCUUCUGGAGCUCUGUUGUGUGGGGUUAUGCAGUAGAUAUGCUCUCUAUCCACACAGUGUUUGCACUUUGAUCCACAUUUCCUUUAGGGAUAUGUUACCAAAGUACUGUAUGAAAACUUUAAUGCAUGUGAAAAUGGGCAGGAACCUCUGCUAAUCUAAUAGUGUGCAGAUUGCAUACUGAUAAUAUUGGCAGAAUAUAGGACCUAUGACAUGAUGGGUAUUCUCAUAGCUGGUUUUACUGUACCUAUAUUAUCUCUCACCUUCGUUUCAGGGCAUCAGUUCUGACUGUAGAGUAUGUUUCAUUCCCUUGUUGGCAGAGUAUGUUGUGCUGUGUUAACACAUCUGUUCCACUGUGAAGUACUAGUCUUGUGGACAUCAGUUUCACCAGUAUACAUUUCAUGUUAGGGACAUGUGCCUUUGCUUCUCUACCGUACUCGUGUGUACAUUCCAUGUUAAGGUAGCACAUACUGUUAAUGUCUACAUCAUCCCCGAUUACAGAGACAUGUCUAUACAUUAGAUGCCUCAUUGGAAUGCAUUCACUCCCACACCAUAGUUUCGUAGAACAUAGUUCUUCUCUACAUUCCAUACUUUCCUCGCAUGGCCUGUCAAGUGCUGCCUUCUCAUACACUUGAAUACAUUCCAUUGCUUCCAUGAUCUCAUUCAGUGCCAUAGCCCCUGACAACUGCACAGUACAGCAGGAACUUGGAAUCUUGCUGGAAAGAUGCUCGCUCCUUCAUUGGAUUUCCUCCCCAGUCUGCUCACAAUGAAACCACACAGCCAGCCGGAGAUCGCUCUUACUUGAAAAUGUGUGGCAUGCUUUGUCAGCAGCUGCUGAAUUUGAGCAUAGCACAUUGCAUAAGAUGGUGUGUGAUUUAUUGUGAGUGGCUGCCUGAGGACGCUUCUAGUGUGAGUGAGGGUAGUUUCUAGCACAAGGUGAGGGUAAGUGUUUUGGUACAGCUGUGUGGAGCUAGUCUCGAAGCAGGUGUAAAAACCACACUAGGUCUCAUUACGUGCAUCACAAGUGUCCACAGAACUUGUGUUGCUUCAAAUAUACAGAACAGGGUGAGAUUCCUGCAUUGCAAGGGGUUGGACUAGAGGACCCCUGGGGUCCCUUCCAACUCUAUGAUUCUGUGAGGAGGAGACACCAUUUCCCAGGUGCCCAAAACAGCAGAGCAGCUUUCUGGUGUGGGGUCAUGUGUGUUUAGAACAUGGAUCUUGGCUAAGUAUAUGCCAUUUUAAGCAUUCUAAUGUAUUAAAUUGGCUGCCCCUCUCCAGGGACCCUUGCACACAGCAAUAAGCUGCAUCUGGGCCAGUCUUUCCAUUAGGCAGAGUGAGUUGGUUGCCCGAGAAAGCAACUUUUGGAUGACCUACCAGGGUGGCAAAUUGCUUGUUUAUAUUGUGCCUGUAUGUGUUGAGUUUGUAAGGCACCCAAAUGUCUUGGUCAGCUGUGAGCAGCAUGCUUCAGUGUGCAAAGAUCAGAUGGCACAGACAGAGCUAACCAUCCAUUUAGCAAGUCGUGAUGCACAUUAUCCUGAUCCAACACGCAACAUGCGUCUGUGCAAGGGCUACAGAUUAUUUUUAACCCUGCACAGUCAACCCCUCCUUGGAGUCCUCUGUGGACCAAUGCAGAAAGUGACCUGCACACACAAAUCUACUUCUGUGUGCACAGAUUGCCUUUGCUGGAUUGGAGCAAUUAUAUUUUUGUUUGAGGGCAUGAGACUAGGAAAAAGGCAGCACCAUAACAUUCCCAAGUUGUUCUGCUCUAAAUGGGCACUUUCCUGUAUCCAUGACCCAUUUGUUACUAUAUCUACUAUAGCCAUAGUCUCUGAGUUUCACUUGGAGACCUGCUUUCUGAGCCUUGAUUUCAUUUGUGAAGACUAGGUUACCAAUGCAAAUGAACGGACCCCAGGCUGAGCAAUGGGGGUAGCAAUAAGUAUCCUAUCUGGGGCCAGGAGUUUUAAAGACUUUGUGGACAGGCUACAUUAUCCAUUGACGGCUAAUACAUAGUGGGUGGGGGGUUCUGUGGGACUCAUCAUGACACAUUUUUUUGAACUUAGCCACAUAAACUUUGUCCUUCCCAAGUUUCUUUUCUCAGGGUUGCCUCACAUGAUAAGGAGAAAAUGAGAUGCAUCUUCAGUGAAUCAGCCACAUGACGCUGCCUGCUGCAAAUAUGCUUUUCAUAUUAUGUCAGGUAUCUCUCAGUGUAAGAUAAUCUCCGUUAGGAAGUGACUCAGUGACCACACAAGCUUUUUGUAGGUAUAUUGAUUUCAAUGCAGCUGCAGAAUGUGAGUGCAAAUAGUCGUUGAGUAAUACCCUUGAUAUUGAGAAGUGCUGAAAGGAAACAAUUUUUUCUCUUUUCUGUUCAAAAUUAAAAUUACUGGGCACAGGAACCUGGGUAUAUAAUUUAUAUCCUCGCCCUCCAGAAGUGGUUGGGAGUGAGACUAGCUACCCAGGUUCAUGUGUCCAGUAAUUUUAAUUUUGAACAGAAAAGAUAAAAAUUAACUCCAGCCACAGAGACUGAUCAAUCAUCAGCCCAAACUGAUUCACAUUGAGUGCUAUUGAGUGAGAGCUCAGUGGAAGUUUCUCACACUUUUCUAUUCCUAUCCUUGAGGACAAUUGAGGAACUGCAUUUGCUACCAGCAUGAAAUCCACAGUAUGUUUUCUGUUUCACGAGCAAAAAACAUUUUCGAAAAGCCAACUAUAUAAACAAAAACAAGUCACUGAGUUUUGUGCCAAAAUCUGGGAGUUAGGAUAAAUGGUUAGAAUUAUCCCACCUAACUUAGACCGAAGGGGCAUCAGCCUAUAUUUGUGCUUGACUUUGAUUAAAUAGUAACCACAUAUACUGUUUUCUUCAGUGACAACCAAUAAUUAUUUUAAAAUGGGGGAAAUCAGAAUUAGAAGAACCAAUGGCCUGUCCACAUUCUGUGUGAAUCCCUGGCCUCUUCUCUUGCUUUGUACUGUUUUGUGUGCCAAGUCUUAAAUGGUCUUAUCUAUCCAAUUCUGUAUCUUACUCCAUAGGGCUACCUACCUGCAAAUGAACAAGAAGUAAAAAUAUUUUUGUUCGUAAUGUCUGUUUUGAUAAUGGAGCAAUCUCAUAAGAGAACUGUGGUGUUUUGGGGAUUUGUUGAGAGUUUGUCACUUUUUGUGCUGUUCCUAAACCUACCAGUUUGCCUGUGAAAUCUUCAGAAUGUAAUUGUUAUGAUAAUCUCAUGUGUGAAUGUUCUGUUUCAGUGGUGGAUUUUUAUGCCCAUGUGAUCUUUUCUUGGAUCAUGUGCUUUACAUGAUUGGGCUUUUGUGAGACAGUAUGUAUUUUCCAUUAUUGGAACCAACAUUUCAGCAGGGUUUGAAUCUGAUUAAUUAGAAUUAAAUAUCAAAUUUCAAUCUGCUCAGAAUUUAGAAAUGUUAAACUGUUAUUUCUAUUUGUAAUUCUUUGAGGUGAGAAAGCUGAACUAAAGAAAGUUAAAAAGUUACUCAGUGUUCUGGAACAUUCAGUUUACCUAGUUUUGAAGUUCAAAGUUGUGAAAGUCAAAGACUAAUCCUAAACAGACUCAUUAAGAAGUCUCAUUAAAACAGUAGGAACUAAUUUUCUGAGCAAACAUGCAUAGAAUUUCUCUGACAUUCGGAGCAAUUUCAAAUGUGUUAUGAAUCUAAUUUAACUGGACAUUUGUUUAUUUUUAGAUUUCAGAUUUGUUCUGGUUCUAACUAUUGUAUUAACUUGUAACAUUUGGAAAUAGAACAGCUUAAUGGUUCAGAAAUCAAAACACACAUGAGAAUUGCGUUUGAAAAACAACAUGGAGUUUGGAAACUUGAGUCAUAAAUUGUUGUGCCUUGGAUUAUCAUGGCUAUUUUGGACAUCUCUCCUAAUCCAGAGCCACCAAUUAGUGCGCAGAAGGUGGUUUCCUCUCUGUGGAAGUAGGUAAACCUGCAAGUUGCCCAUGGAACCUGGACAGCUAUGGGGAGCACCCAGCUGUCAUGUCACCUGCCACAACUAGAUGGAUACUGAGAGACACUUCUCAGGAGCUCCUCACAAUAAAGACUUGUUUUGGGGAAUGUAUGCGGAGUGCUCAGUCUGAAUCUGGGAUUCCUUAUGCCCAGCAACUGUCCCCCCUGAGAACUUAUAGAAGCUAGAAGAGGCAUGUAACUCUCCAGACAUGAUUGUUCUGUGAAGAUCAAUGAAGCUACAUGUCUUCUGCUAUACACAUUAAUUCUCUGCACUGGGGCUGUUAGGUUUUGUUGUCAGCAUAUGUGGGUAAAUUUAUUGUGUGAAUUGUAAAGCACAAAGCAGACUCUCCAGCAGGUUUAGGAAAUUUAAAACUGCAGUAAUGCCUUUGAAGUCUAUACUGAAGUUAAUAAGAGGUCCUACUACACUGACCCUGAUACAGAGAACUGCAAGCAAAUUAGAAGGCUGCAGAGCCAACUACGUUGCUUGUAAUGCUUAUAUGGUGACUGGAGUUCCCCACUGUGCAAUUUUUUUGAUGAAUCAGGAGCAGGGAAAAGGAGGAAUGACCAGACUCAAUUUAAGGGAAGAUACUUAAUACGGGCAGGGGGUGAAUAAGCUGUGACCUUGUUUUCCACUACAAAUACCUAUUUCUCCCGAACCACAAAAUUUUCUUCCAUUAUGAUAUUUCCAUCCUGUGAAUUUAACUCAUUUGCCUCAGAGCUAAGGGAAAACAAAAAGUAACCUCAUCCCUGUCUGAUGUUGUGCAAAGUAUGUUCUCAGCUUGAUUUUCGCACUGUUUGGUCAUAGAUGCUCCUGAUGAAAUGCAAUUUCAUGUUAAUUGUUAUAUAGUGCUGUAUUAUGAAAAAAAGUUUGAAAUUCUAAUAAACUAUGUGGAGUCAAUCAA